AUGGCUUACUCUAAAAUUCUCCUUUUCUAUAUCUUUGUUAGGUUCAUCUGUUUUGCAACAAUAAAUGCACAAGAUAAUCCUACUUUCUUGUAUAACUUUUGUUCUGAAAACGAAACCACCACAGCCAAUAGCACAUUCCAUGUCAAUCUCAUGACCCUCCUCUCAUCUUUGUCAUCAAAAUCAAAUGAGAACACGGAAUUCUACAACACCACAGGCACUGCCAUAAACUCCUCCGACUCUGACGAUGCUUAUGGAUUGUUCAUGUGCAGGGGGGAUGUACCCUCCCAGCUCUGUCACGAAUGCAUAGUUAAUGCAACCCAAAAACUAUCCUCUGACUCAGACUGCUCUUUGUCUAAACGAGCGGUGAUUUGGUACAACGAAUGCAUGGUUCGAUACUCCAACAACUCUUUCUUUUCCACUGUUUAUACAAGUCCUGGUGUUUCCAUGAUAAACACCAACAACGUCUCAACCCCGAAAAGCUUCAUGCCUUUAUUGUCUUUGACUAUGAAUCAAACUGCAGAAAAAGCAGCAAACAAUAACAAGAUGUAUGCCACAAAUGAAGCAAAAGUUUCGAAAUUUCAGACACUUUACUGUCUAGCUCAGUGCACGCCAGGCUUGUCGCCCAAUGAUUGCAGAACCUGUCUCAGUGCUGGUAUUGAUUAUCUUCCGCGGUGUUGUGAUGGAAAGCAGGGUGGGAGAGUUCUAUUUCCUAGCUGUAACGUUAGGUACGAACUAUAUCCUUUUUAUAGAUCUAGUAAUGCUUCCCCAACAAAUCGGCUUGUUCCAGAAACAAAUGACUCCAAACAAGAUGCAGAUUUUUCAAAAGAUCCAUUUUAUCUUGGCUACAACUGCUCAAGUAGCAACAGUACAAUCACUGAGAAAAACUUCAAAUCACUUCUCUCUUAUUUGUCUUCCAGUACCACAAGCGGCAGAACAUUUUACACAACCAAUGUGGAAGACCUGGUGUACGGCCUCUUCAUGUGUCGAGGUGACCUUCCCUCUAGCCUCUGCGGUGAAUGCGUGAAAAACGCAACAGAUCGAAUAUACUCCAACUGUCUUUCAUCUCAGGAGGGUAUAAUUUGGUACAGCCACUGCUUGGUUCGCUAUUCUUAUCAGAGUCUCUUCUCAAACAUGGAAACUAGCCCUAUGUAUCGCCAUAUUAAUAUCACCACAUACUCCAUCUCGGACCAAAACCUCUUCACUAACAUAUUAUCUAAUCACUUAUCUCAACAAGCGGAUGAUACAGCAGAUAGUGCUGAUAAAUAUACGACCAACUCGUUAAAAUUGAACGAUGUACAAACUUUGUAUACACUUGAACAAUGUACUCCAGAUUUGUCUAGUGGCGAAUGCUCUUCAUGUCUAAAAGAUGUAAUCGGUGAAUCAAUCCCAUGGUCAUAUUUGGGAAGUAUUGGAGGAAGAAUAAUAUAUCCUAGCUGCAAUAUCAGGUUUGAAUUGUUCCAAUUUUACAACCAGGUUGGUGAAGCUCAGCCGCCUGGUACUCCUCCAUUACCAGGGACUCCUCCAUCACGAAAUAAAGAGAAAUGGAGACUUGUCGCCAUCGUUGUCCCUGUCGUUAUUUUGGUGGUGCUCUUUCUUAUUGGCUACUACUAUGUUCUAAAGAGAAAGGGAAGAAAAAGUCGUAGAACCAUUCUUCGAGAAAAUUUUGGUGAAGAAAGUGCCACUUUAGAACCCAUGCGAUUUGAUUGGGUGGUGAUUGAAGCAGUAAGUAACAAUUUUUCUAAAGAUAACUACAUCGGCAAAGGUGGAUUUGGAAAGGUUUACAAGGGUACUCUUUUGGAUGGACGACAAGUCGCUAUAAAAAGACUUUCAAUAAACUCUAAGCAAGGUGUUGAGGAGUUCAAAAAUGAAGUUUUAUUGAUAGCUAAGCUUCAACAUAGAAAUCUAGUAACAUUUAUUGGUUUUUGUCUUGAAGAACACGAGAAAAUACUUAUUUAUGAAUUUGUGCCCAACAAGAGUCUUGAUUACUUUUUAUUUGAUUCUCAAUGCAAAAAGUCGCUAACUUGGGUUGAACGCUUCAAUAUAAUUGGAGGAAUUGUUCGGGGAAUUCUUUAUAUGCAUGAACUUUCUCGACUUAAAGUUAUACAUCGCGAUCUCAAACCUAGUAAUAUUUUAUUAGAUGAAAAUAUGAUUCCUAAAAUUUCUGAUUUUGGUUUGGCUCGAAUUGUUGAAAUAAGUCAAGAUAAAAGAACUACAAAAAGAAUUAUUGGGACAUACGGUUAUAUGCCUCCGGAAUAUGCAAUGUUUGGAAAAUAUUCUGAAAAAUCGGAUAUUUAUAGUUUUGGAGUCAUGCUUUUAGAGAUUAUUGCUGGAAGAAAGAAUACGAGUUCAUCUACGCAAUACCAGGAUGCUGAAGGGGUUAAUGGACUAUUGAAUCAUGUUUGGAGACAAUGGAAGGAUCAAACACCGUUGAGUAUAUUGGAUCCAAAUAUUGAAGAGGAUUAUUCGAAAAUUGAAGUAACCAAGUGUAUUCAAAUUGGUCUAUUAUGUGUUCAACAUAACCCAGAUGCUAGACCUUCAAUAGUGACAGUUGCUUCUUAUCUUAGUAAUUAUUCAAUUGAAUUACCAACUCCACAAGAACCUAUAUUUUUCCACCAUGGUAGAACUAUUUCAAAAUCUCAUGCCCAAGAAUCAAGUUCAACUCAAUCUGCAAAUAGUUCGUCUCUAUUCUCUUUGAAUGAAAUGUCUAUCAGUAAUUUUAUUCCUAGAUAG